UUGGCACGAAAUAUGCAGAGAGAGAGGUUGCUCUUUAACGAGAAAGAUUUAUGUCGAGAAGUGACUAGUUCGCCAAUUGCUUCCUGGUAUUCUUUAUCGCGUAAAAUGUAUUGCAAUGGAAUAUAUUCAGAUAGUUAUUCCUCGCGUAAUAAUACAUAUUCGUGACAUAUUCUUCGUGUGCCAACCAAUUUUAAGGAUGAUCGGUGCGAUGCCAGCGGUGGCAGUACGCCACGAGCGUAAACGGCAGGAAAAAAGAUUAAAACGUCCUAGCCAGCUUUACCUGGGGGGCCAAUGGAUGCCACCGCCUCAAGGUUCGCCACCCACACCCAGCCCCCAUGGCCACAACAGCCACCUCGAGCCUUUGCCCGAGCUGUAUCUCUGUGGCAAGAUAUCUGGCCUGCACGCGGUUGUGGUGUGCCUAUUGUUGGGUGCAGUGGUGUUAGUCGUCGGUUUGGUACAACUUGCGCCGGGUGCGACGACUACAGAUCAUAGACUCGCUUUGCUCGUUGCGGGUUCUAUUCUACUUCUCUUGGGCAUCAUUUUGGCCGGUGUCAGAUGCUACGUGUUGCACUGCGUCCCAUUACCGACCGAGUCGCCCGUAGCGACGCCACUUCCGCCUCCCACCAAUGAUCAAGCUGGACUUCCGCGAGGCACGAUGGAUCUUUUGGUCGGUCAUCAGAAUCAACCAGAGACCGACGCGUUAAUGCACCCUGAACAUCAUCAUCAGCAUCAUCAGCAUCAUCAUCAUCACCAUGGCAAUCACAAGAAACGCAGUUCUCAGAGUUCUCAUUCCGAUGAAGCCUAAUAAUCGAUAUUAGAAUACACCGGUUAAUUAAAUGGAUUCACUUAAUCAUGAAAGUAUAUAUAUAUAAUAUAUAAUAUAUAAUAUAUAAUAUAUAAUAUAUAUAUAUAUAUAUAUAUAUAUAUAUGGAAGAGAGAACUUCUGAAUCGUUGCAAACCAAAUUACAAAGAGAAAGAAAGAAAUAUAGAUGAAGAAAGAUUAAAGAGAAAAUUGCGAAAAAAUAUAGAUUAAAGCUUCUGAAAAGUAAAAUGGAGAGUAAAUGGUGAGAAGAGUCUGCACGUGUAUAUUAUACUCGAUUCUUUUAUCUUUUGUAACUUUCUAUAUAUAUAUAUAUAUAUAUAUAUAUAUAUAUAUAUAUAUAUAUAUAUAUGUAUGUAUAUAUAUAUAUGUAUAUACAUACAUACACAUACUAUAUAUACAUAUAUAUUAUCGACAUGCAUACAUGUACUCAGUUUGAAUCGUCGCUGAGGAAAGUGCACUUUUCUAUCUUGUACGCUUGGUGUUCGGACUUUAUCUAACCACGAUAUCGUUUUAUUGAUGUUAUUACUCUUCUUGGAUAAAGAUGGUUCGUAGAUAGAGAUUCUUUCGAUUACUUAUAGAUGCAAAUAGUGGUUGAAAGAUCUUGCAUAGGAAAUAAGGAGUGGAAUAACUUUCUUAUCGCAGUUUCUGAAGACAAAGUCGAUCAACGUGGUAUAGAAUUUUAUGAACGAACCUUUAUAUAUAUAAAGAGAAAAUUUUUCUUGGAAGUUUGCAAUCUUGUUUUAACUUUAAAAAUCAUUUAAAGUUGAAGGAAAUAAAUGUUAAGCGUAUUUUAAAUAAGAUUUUUUUUUUACUCUAUCUCAGAAAGUACUGAAUAUUGUUGAUAAUUUAUGAAUGUUUUAUUUUUUUUUUUUUGCAGAAAUAUUUCAUUUAAUAUGUAUAUUGAUUUGUACGUAAUAAUGUUAGCAGAUUAGGAAUUUAAUUAUAAGGAAAAUAGUAAUUAUAGUUGAGUAAUUAUAGUUCUUCCACGAGAAAAGAUUAAUUUAUAACACAAAAUGGGGAAAAGGAGAAAAAAAAAAUUCUCAAAUCGAACACCAUGCAUGCAAUUGAAAA